GUCCAGAACCGAGCGAUUGCUUUCUUCACCUGCUUCCUCGUGCUGUUGCUGGCAAGUCUGAUGAUCAACAGGACGUUCCAGACCAAGCCGACAAGGUUGCGGGCUGCUCAGCGAUGGGGGUUCAUCGUCGAGGGGCUCGUGUGCGAGCAUCCGUUGCUUCUUGGUUGGGGCUGUUAUUAUUUUAGCAAUUGGGUGUUGCAGAAGGCCUUCAGCGAGUUCGCCGAUUCAAUGAUCGUGGGCAGAGGUGUUGUGUUCUGGAUCCAUCUUCUGGCGGACAAUGUGUUCAAUGUUUGGGCCUUGGUCUUCCUUGUGAAGCAGAUGAGCCACUGCGCUUCUUCCUCAGAGGGCACAGUAGGAGCCACUUCGGACAUGGUGCCCUCGGGUGCCCAGUACCAUGAGGGUGACCUCACGAAGAAGGGCCUCCUGCUAUGCCAGGGGGGCGGUCAGAGGGCCUUCCAGGCGGUGCUGAUCCUUUUCGGCACCGUUUCGGUCUGGACGCUGUUGAACGAG